GUAAUAUGAAACUCUUAGAAGACAGUCAUAGACGCUACGAAGAUGAAGCGGAUCAAAUUAAUAGACGGAGAAACAGAGAAAAUGAAGUAUUAAAGGCAAUCGUUCAUAUUGAAGAAUCAAUGAACGUUGAUCUUUGCUUCGUUCUGGACUGCACAAUCUCUAUGUCUAAUCAUAUCAAAGCAGCGAAAGAGCAUAUAUUAAAAGUUGCUAGUUACGUAAACAGCAAUAAUUCAAAUAUCGAAUUCUGGGUUGGUUUCUGUGGUUAUCGUGAUCACUCUGAUGGUAAUGAUCGCUUACAAAAUUUUGAUUUUACUAACUCUCUCGAGAAAUUUCAAACGUAUUUAUCCAAUAAAGUGGAGGCUAAAGGUGAUGAUCUACCAGAAGAUGUCUUAGGUGGUCUUAAUGCUGCGAUAACUCAGAUGAUCGAUGUCCAUAAUGAGUUCUUGUUAACAGAUCCAGCCAUACAUUGUAUUGAUUUAUUAAGAUUUGGAACAACAAACUUAGGAAAGAGUGGAAUUCAAAAAUGUUUUUUGGCAAAGCAUAAAUGCAAUGAUAUUU